CAUCACAGAUUGGCGUGUAACGGUUUGUCCGGAAUUUCCAUUCAAAGUGGAUUUUGACAGUUGGCUUUUAGGCCGUAAUCAUAUGUUUGUCGAGAAUUUUCAUGCAUUUUCUAGCAUAUACUUCUAGUAAAUAUUCAAUGAGUGGAUAGACCGAAUACGUCCAAUGCACAAAAUUUGCAGCAGAAGAAACGAGAGGCAGAUCAAAAAGUAUGAUAUCGGUGAUUAAAAAAAAGUUCUGCGUAUGCCUGGUCCAGACAUUUACAGACUUUUAAAACAGUAAUAAACUGACCGAUUUUCUUCAGAAAAUAAUAGAUGUGUCCCAGCAUGCAAAGAAUUACGAAUCAAAUACCGUUCAUACUUUUACCAUUUAGAUUUUUUUUAAGAAAUUUAGAACUUAAUCUUUCACGGAAUCUUUUUGGUCUUUUUCGGAGUAACGAACCAAUGAUCUCUAAAUGCGCAGGUAUCCUUCUGUUGAUCAACAGCAUGCGGCAGCUGUUCAAAUCGUAAAAUUAUUUCCACAACUUAGUAAUACGCGAGUCACACCAACUGCUCCUGAUGAGUCAUUUUUCUUUUGGCGCAACGGAGGCAAGGAAAAGGGUGCUCAUACUGGCAUGAUAUUUCAUCGCAUCCGGAAUGUCAUCAAACAGCUACCUGCAGGAAAACAUAAAUAUAAUCGAGGAACUAUGCCUGUAGAAGAGUCCGUUUCAACUGAACUUGUAGAGCGGGCUCAAUUGCUCCGAGUAAUGCUUGCAUCGGCAUCAGUAGCAGAACAUAUUUGUGAUGAAAUGGACCGAUGCUUUCCAGUCCUCAAACUGUUAUUAAAAGAAAAGAAACCCGUUAAUGAUAUCUUGGAUAUGUUUCCACACCUGUGUUCAUAUGAAGGAUUGGUGAUUCGUCAAAUGUUUGAGAGAUUGUAUCCUAACAGAACAGAAGGUCUCAAAAUCGAGGAUGUCUUCUCUCAGUGUCUAUCUUAUUCACCGUCCAGAUUCUCUAGAGUAGAAGAUGAUCACAUUCGAGGAUGCUUGAGAAUAAUUUCUCAUAUGCCAAUUCGCGGACAAAAAAGAACGCUGGUAGGCUGUCCAACUGUAGGCGAAGAACAUUCGGCUUCAAUUUUAAUUCGUUGGAUUGGGGAGUGCUUAGAUACAUACGUGGCAUCCCCCGCAACUGAUUCCAAACUACACAUGGUGUGCGUAGCAAGCCCGAUGAAAAGAGGAAAUUAUGCCGUCAUUUGUGAGAAAAAAGUUAUAUUCGAGACUAACAAUUCUAUUCAUGCAGUGGAAAUUUUAUUCAAAUGCUACGCAGUUCUCGGAGUGGAGGUGCCACCUAAUUUUAGAAUGUUUUGGGACUUUCUGGCAUGUGCCAUAUAUAAUAUAAUUCCGCACAGUCAGAGGACAACUGUGAAUAGACUCGUCCAAACUUUUAUUGAAGUUUCCCGCGCACGUAUUGACAACAAAUAAAAGGACAACUUUUUUAUACA